UUAAAGAAAGAGAGGAGGGAAAAAUGGAAAAAUGGGGAAAAACAACUGAAAUUCUCGUGACGUGAUACAAAUGCGAAUGACCUUAAGUGUAUAGGAUGGAACAGUUUCGUAUUACAUUUGGAAACAAAAGUUUCUUUUAAUGGAACAGAUAUCAUCUUCUUUACCAACACAAAUACGGGUACCUACUAAUACUCAUCCAUCUCAAUUACCAAACUAUGGAACUAUUCAAGGUGGUGUUACUCCUCUAUCUGAAAAUGAAAGUCUAGACUUGUCAUUGUACCACACUCAAUCUCAAACUGGUAUACAUGACAGCAAUAGGUCUAUUCGAAGUGCUCUAAGUUCCUUUGCUGGUUCUUAUUCUCGAACUUCUGCUUUAUAUAUGGCUGACAAUUUAUCGUUAUCAAGGCCUGCUACCAUAGAUCAUGCUGAAUUGGAAGAAGAAGCAAGACGAAAUGAUCGAAAACAAAGAUUGGACACAGAAAGCAUUUUCUCAAAUCAUACUAGUGCUGGACUCUCCUUUUUCCCGGCUUUAUCAAGACAUACUACUCUUGGUACCAUGAUCCUACGAGAUGAAUAUCAUCAAGAUCUUCAACAACAAAUACAUUAUAUUCCACAAUCAAGCUUUCUUCAAUCAAUUUUCAAUUCUGUUAAUGUACUUGUUGGUAUCGGUGCAUUGGCUUUACCUCUUGGUAUUCGAUAUAGUGGUUGGUUGAUUGGGAUGUCUACUUUUUUAUUUUGUACCAUUUCAACUAAUUAUUCUGCCAAGGUCCUUGCUCGUUGUUUGGAUGCUGCUCCUUCUGGUGCUCUGACGUAUGCUGAUAUGGGUGCGGCUGCUUUUGGUGAACGUGGGCGUAGUGUCAUCAGUGGAGUAUUUAUCUUGGAACUUUUUACAUUGGGAGUUGCCAUGGCCAUCUUGUUGGGUGAUGGCCUUGAAACGCUAUUUGAUCUAGAUUUGAUUACAACAAGAAUGAUUUCCUUUUGUGUUUUGACACCCAUGACAUUUUUACCUAUUAGCAAAUUAGCUUAUACAAGUGUGAUUGGGGUAUUUAGUAGUGCUUUUUUGGUACUCAUUGUCGUUUUGGAUGGAUGGACUAAACCAAAUCAACCAGGAAGUUUAUGGGAUCCAAUGCAAACAGAAUGGAUUCCAUCUGAACCAUUUAAUAUACCACUUAGUUUUGGACUUUUGAUGGCUGUUUAUUCUGGUCAUGCAGUAUUUCCAAGUUUAUAUCGUGAUAUGGCUGAACCCAAGAAAUAUGAUCGUAUGGUAGAUGUAACUUAUUUGAUUACCUUUACUGUAUAUUUGGUGAUGGCAGUAACUGGUUAUUUAAUGUUUGGUUUGGAUACAAUGCAGGAGAUUACUCAAAAUUUAGCCCGAACGCCAGGAUACAACAAAUGGAUCAAUCAAGGUGCUGUUUAUUUAAUUGUCUUGAUCCCUGUGGCAAAAUAUGGCUUGAUGUUGAAUCCUGUAAAUCUCUCUUGGGAACUAUGGUUACAAAGUCAAAAUCGUGUGGAUGCUUGGUGUAAGGAUCAUGUAUGGAAACGACACUUACUAUCUAUUAUUGGACGAAUUGCCUUGAGCGCCUUUGUCAUUUACAUUGCUACCGUUUUUCCUGGAUUCGAUCGUAUCAUGUCACUUUUGGGUGCUUUAUUUAGUUUUGGUAUUUCUGUGAUUUUCCCUUUGGCAUGUUACCAUCAACUCUAUCAUGGUUCAAUGACAUACAAGGAUUUGAUUAUCAAUUGGACAUUCCUCAUUAUUUCAGUGAUACUUGCCACUCUUGGAACUGUUUGGAGUUGUUUGCCUUAGUUUUUUUUAUAUAUGAUGAAACUAAAUAAACGAAAAAUGUUUGCCCGUGUGAAGUC